AUGGAUGCUCGACAACUCAAGGAAUCAGUCACAGCUAUGCAUACUACUCACAAUGGUGCUCCAGCUGUGAUGUUUACGGCUUCUGAAUAUUACGGAAUCAUGGCCAAUGAGUGUAGAUUAACCAUGGUGGGCAGGUUCCUUAAACCUAGGCCCCAAAUUGACAAACUUCGCUCAAAAUUCAAAGAAUUAAUCAAAACUAAGGGGACAACUACGAUUGGGGUUUAUGAUAACUUCAAUGUUUUUCUUGAUUUCACAAAUGAGGAGGAUUUCAAUGUCGUUUGGUACAGAAGGGUGAUUGAAAUCGAGGGACAACAAAUGUGGCUACAAAAAUGGUCACCGAAUUUCAAACCCGAGGAAGAUUUGCCUAUUGCUCCAGUAUGGGUUCUUCUCCCUAAACUCCCCUUCCAUUUACACACUUGGCAUUACCUUAAACAAAUUGUUAGCUCUGUUGGUACUCCGCUGGAAAUGGAUAUGGCUACUAAAGGUAGAACUAGGCCAAGCAUGGCCAAAGUGAGAGUAGAAAUAGACCUUCUCAAGCCUCAACCUGAGGCUGUUUACAUUGGUCUGGUUCAUGAAAACGCUCCACAAUAUGGUUAUAUGCAAAAAUUGGAAUAUGAAGGGAUUCCUAAGUAUUGCAGACAUUGUCGAAAAUUAGGGCAUAUGAUGGCUGAUUGCAGAGUACUAGAAAAGAAAAAGGCUGCUGAAAAACAAAAAGUUGAUAUGCAAACUAUGGAUACUGAGAAUGGGGUCAAUAUUAUUAAUGACAAAGGUGAUGAACUUGCUAAGGCCAUGGAGGAAAUAACUAGCAGUAGCAAUAGUGCUGGAAAUGUUGAAUUCAAGAAGAAUCAAGUGAAUAUGGAUAUUAUGAAGAAUACAGUGAAUGGUGUAGAUAAGAAAGAUCAUCCAGGCAAUGAGUUCCAAACUAAUCGAGUUGGUAAAUAUAGGAACAGGAAAAUCUAUACUAAACCUACCCUGAAGAACAAAAAUCAUGAGGAUACUACAACUGAUCCUAUAAAUACAAAUAAUGACAAGAAUGAUGCUACUCCCAGUAUUCCCGUUAAUCCAAAUGAUGACAAAGUGAAGGAACCGAAUGAAGGUAGUAAAGAAGGAGUGGAUCAAAAUGGCUUAGAUCAACGGGACGAGAAGAAGGACGGUGAUACAAUCAAUAUCAGCAAUGGUAAUACAUGUAGCUCUUCUAAUGAUAAACAUCAGGUACCUGCUAACAAUAAUGAUAGUAUCAACCAGAGUGUGGAUUCACAAACACACGUGGACAAUACUAUGGAGAAGUCAGAUAGCCUUCCCUCUGUGAUCAAGAAUAUGCCAGGAUUGGAUUAUAUCGAGGUUACAUCCCCAAAUAGAGUAGUCGUGGUUAUACUUGAAGAGCAACUACAACAACAGCAAAAUAUGGAAGAUAAUAUUGGUUUCUCUCCUGUUAAUAACAAAAAAAGCCGGAACAAGAAGGGAGGUAAGAAAAAGAAAGAAGACAACACCAAUGCUGCUAAAGCAAAGGAAACAAAGAACUCUGUCUAA